AUGAAGGCGAACAAAAUGCAUCUCUACAUGACGGGCUUCGGUCCCUUCAGAAACAUAACAGAAAACCCAAGCGCCACCAUUGGCAAGACAGUUGCGCAGCAGUUGGGGAAAGACGGCGAGCUCUCGGUAGAGUACGAAGAACUCGGUGUGAACUUGGACGCUGUCUCGGCGUAUUUCACCAAGCUUGAAGGCGCCAUUUCGGAGCGCAUGAACAAUGAUCCUGUUGAGCGUGUCCUGCUCGUGCACAUCGGGGUACAAAGUAUGGAGGAGGAGGGACGGCUGCGCCUCGAAGUGUGUGGCUACAACGAGCUCGAGGGCUUCCCCAUUACUGAAUCAACACCAAUGGACGCGUCUCUGGAGAGUGUGUUUGUCCGCGAGGGAAGCAGUGCAGCUGAAGCAACGGCAGCCCUCGUGGAGCGGCUCAACUCGGCGAUAGCCACUGCGGAGAGAGACGAUGAGGGACGUCAGCGCCCGCACUGGUUAAUAUCUCGCGAUGCCGGACGGUACUACUGUAACUACUCCUUAUACCGCGCUCUGCAGUUACAGAAGAGGUGGGGCGGCCGGGUGUUUGCCGUCUUUGUGCACGUUGCGAAUCCACUUGUCUGCAACAAUCCAAGCCUGGCGGAACAGACGUCGCAGGUAGAGUCACUCGUCUCGGGUCUUGUGCAAAUUGCCGUUUCCGAACUAUGA